GGAGGGCCACAGACUGGACUUACUUUCCAGCAAAUGUGCCAGAAGGCUUGGCGCCCUCCGGCUGUGCCCUUCUGCGUAUUUACCCGAGAGUAAGGCCCUGGGAUCCCAACGGGGCUGGCUUCCGGGUAACAAACGCAAGCAGCAGGCACCGGCCGGGGGGGGGGGUGGCGGCUGCGGCUGCAAACUCCAGCCUACGGUCCCUCCCUCCACCCUCCCUGGCUGCGUUUCUCUUCCAGCCCAGGAUGUUGCAUCACGGACGGGGCUUUGCUCCUUGCGCUAGCCCAGCCCCGAGCCCGGGCGGCGGCGCUGCUUCUGCUUCCUGCUCCUGCUGGGCGAAGCCGGAGAGGGUGGCUGCCGUUGGGGUUGCUGCUUCCGCCGCCAGGGCGCUGCCGCCGGCCUCGAACCCGCGACCCGCUGCAGGGCGGCCUCCUCCGCGUCUCUCACCGCCGCCACCAUGGACAGCCAGGGCCGACGCGUGGUGGUUUGUGACAACGGCACCGGGUUUGUUAAAUGCGGCUAUGCCGGGUCAAACUUCCCCGAACACAUCUUCCCAGCUCUGGUGGGACGGCCCAUCAUCCGCUCCACAGCCAAAGUUGGCAACAUUGAGAUCAAGGACCUCAUGGUGGGGAACGAGGCCAGCGAGUUGCGCUCUAUGCUGGAGGUGAACUACCCCAUGGAGAACGGGAUUGUGCGCAACUGGGACGACAUGAAGUACUUAUGGGACUACACCUUUGGGCCUGAGAAACUCAACGUUGACCCCCGCAACUGCAAGAUCCUGCUCACUGAGCCCCCCAUGAACCCUAUCAAGAACCGGGAGAAGAUCAUUGAGGUGAUGUUUGAGACGUACCAGUUUGAAGGCGUCUAUAUUGCUAUCCAGGCAGUGCUGACCCUCUACGCCCAGGGCCUUCUCACUGGCGUGGUGGUGGACUCAGGGGACGGCGUCACCCACAUCUGCCCAGUCUACGAGGGCUUUUCGUUGCCCCAUCUCACCCGUCGGCUGGACAUAGCGGGGCGCGACAUCACACGCUACCUCAUCAAGCUCCUGUUAUUGCGUGGCUAUGCUUUUAACCACUCGGCUGACUUCGAGACGGUGAGGAUGAUGAAGGAGAACUUGUGUUACGUCGGCUACAACAUUGAGCAGGAACAAAAGCUGGCUCAAGAGACGACUGUGCUUGUGGAGUCCUAUACGCUCCCAGACGGGCGGGUGAUCAAAGUCGGGGGCGAGCGCUUUGAGGCCCCGGAGGCCCUGUUCCAGCCCCAUCUCAUCAAUGUGGAGGGCGUGGGCGUGGCUGAACUCCUCUUCAACACCAUUCAGGCAGCGGAUAUCGACACCCGGGCUGAGUUUUACAAACACAUAGUGCUGUCGGGGGGUUCCACCAUGUAUCCAGGUCUGCCCUCCCGCCUAGAGCGCGAGAUCAAGCAGCUCUACCUGGAACGGGUGCUGAAGGGCGACGUGGAAAAGCUGUCGAAAUUCAAGAUUCGCAUUGAGGACCCUCCCCGCCGGAAGCACAUGGUCUUCUUAGGGGGGGCGGUGCUUGCUGACAUCAUGAAAGACAAGGAUAGCUUUUGGCUGCGGCGGUCCGAAUACCUGGAGAAGGGGACCCGAAUCUUGGAGAAGCUUGGGGUGACGGUGCGAUAAGACCCCCCUUCUCUUCCUCUGCCUUGAUGCAUUCCAGUCCACUUCCUAUUCUCUGUUGAGCCCCCACAAUGCAGAAUUUGGCUGUGUGGGUCACACCUUGGGAUCAGUGAAAUAUUUCUUUUUGACAAAUUUCCUGUUUUGGAAGGGAAAACAAAGUUGGGGGACCCUUCCGAGCAUCCAUGGUCAUUUUCUUCUGUGCUUUUCCCCUCCCAAGUUCCUUGUCCUCAUAGAGCUUGGGGAAGCAACCCCCACCCCUUGGGAUGGGGACCUGUGUGAAGGGGCCAAAGGUCAAUCCUCUCCACCUCUUGCAAGCUUCACUUCUGCAUAUUUCUGGUGCAGCACAGGCUGCAAACUUUUGCUCAGGGAAAUUCCUCCAUUUCCAUCCUCCCUCCUUUCAGCGAAAAGGACGCAAGUUUCCAGGCCUCAUGGCUGUGAGAGAAACAUUUAAGUGCACCUUGCAGAGGGGUAAUUUGGCUGCUAUCUAGGCCUUUUCUGUCUCUCUCCCCCCCCCGCCCGCAGCCUUGAACAGCUCACAUCUCAUCUCUUUCCUGUGCUGUUGCAUGGCCCAAGCGUAGCUGAACUACACAGCUCUCUCUCUCCCUGCCUGCCCCCCUCAAGCAAGAAAAGAAUUAUAAGGAGGAGCCCAUCUUACUUGCACAUCCUGAGAGCAGGAUCUACUGCCUUUUUCCAUGGGUGGGUCUCUGAAAACUACACUUUUUUCACGGAGCUAUAAUUUAAGAUCGCACAAGAGAGGUGACACCUCCCCCGGCAAAAUUUGAAAAUUAUAACCCCCCCCCCUCCAUCUUAAGCGUCAAUCUUGGGACCUGGAAACUGGGUUUACUUCUGACUUGCUUUCAGUUGAAAGAACCCCCCCCUCUUUUUCAUUGGUGAGGGUCACAUCAAGUAAGAGUGUGGCUGUAGAUCAAGGUUGUGCCAAAAUGGGAUGGUGCAGCGUGUGGCUUUCUAGUGGGAGGCCACCUGCCCCCUCCCCACGUUGCAGGGCAGAAAAGUAGCUUUGCCACCAUUUUUGCUGGCUGGGCUGGGUCCAGGGGGUGGGAAAGUGGAUCUGGCCCACUUCUGUCCCCUGAAGGCCAACUUUGACAGAUGGAACAGAGCCAACCACCUGAUGUCACAGCGACAUUUUUCUUUGGCUGUGCGAUUUGAAGUCAAACUGCAAGCAAAGGCACAGCGCUUUGGAGGCAAAGACAAUCAGCUGGUUGUCAGUUCUUGCAAAGCGCUGUUCCUCCUUGGCUGCACUAGGAUGUUCCUCAGCCAAGUGCAGUGGGGCUUGCUGUCAGUGUCAAUCAGCUGACAGGUGCUGACAGCGAGCCCCGCUUGUAAAGGAGCAAUUGUUCUUUUAGAGCCGUGUCCUUAAGUACUGCCUUCCCAAUGUCACGUAUGGGGCAGGUGGGUGUGGUAUGGGGAGAAUAGCCUCGGGCGAAAGAUUUCUCACGCCUCCCCUGAUAGUUUAAAACAGCAGUCCAGCAAGAGAAAUUCAAUAGUUAAAACCCUCCAUUGGCUAUGGCAAAACCUACGCCUGUUGAAUUUACAGCCAUCAGGCUCCUAUGGAAGGCACAAGUGGGGGGGGGAAUAAAGGAGGCAACUAACUUCACCCCAAGAAUUGGUCCCUCUCGCUGCUGCUGAAACAUCUCACCCUUCUCAUUCUUCUCUGGAAGCCUCAAAUACUAGUUUCUUAAAAGUGGCAAUGAAAAGAUAACAUGGUUUAGUGGGGCUGCAGAGUCGCUGUUCCCCCAUACUCAGUGACUAGGGCAGCCGAAACAUUUGCUUGCUUACUUUUAAAUUCCCAGGCAGUUCAGGAUCUGCAACAGUAAUUAUCUGCUUGCGUCCUCCCUGCUAGCCAGAAAGAUUUCCUCUUCCCUCCCCUCUGCAAGAGAAAAUCUGUUUGCCUGGAGGGGGCUGAUUAUGAAUGUUUUUGCACACUCUGUGGGGCUCACAUGGUUUUGUGGAAGGAUGGGACAACUCAGUACUGGUCCCCCCCCUCCAAACUUUGUUCUUUGUUCCAGCUUCAGGAGAAGGGGGAAGAAGUCGCCCUCAUUCUUUUUUUUUAAUCUUGAUUUAAAAAAAAAUUGAUUUGCUUUUCAAA